AUGCGUCAAAAAGUCGAAAGUGCUGUUGCUAAACUGUGUGAUGAAGGCAUUUGUGAAAGUGUGGGAAAUUGUCCUACGCCAUGGGUCUCUCCUAUUAGAUGUGUUCCUAAACCUUGUGACCCAGAAAACAUUCGACUAUGUGUCGAUAUGCGAGCUGCGAAUAAGGCAAUAAAAAGGGUUAAACACCCUAUGCCUACUGUUGAUGAACUUAUACAUGAUUUAAAUGGAUAUAAAGUAUUUUCCAAGUUGGAUUUGAACCAGGGUUAUCACCAAAUUGAAUUACACCCUGACAGUAGACAUAUUACUACUUUUAGUACCCAUAUUGGAUUAUACAGAUAUAAAAGAUUGAAUUAUGGAGUCAAUGCUGCUAGUGAAAAAAUUCAAUAUUUGAUUGAACAAGCAUUGCACGGUUUAAGAGAUGUCAAAAACAUCUCAGAUGAUAUUUAUAUCAGUAGUGUAAAUGAGGCCAAGCAUGAGAAAGAUUUAAGAGCCUGGUUGCAACGUAUAAGAGACUGUGGUCCUACUUUGAAUAAGAAAAAGUGUUCAUUUUUUCAAUCGUCUAUAAAGUUUUUUGGAAAUAUUUUUGAUGAUAAAGGUGUGUCACCUGAUCCAAAUAAGGUUAAAGCCAUAAACAAGGCUGAUAGACCUUCUGAUAAGCAACAAGUUAAAUCUUUUCUUGAUGCUUCCCCAGUUGGACUUGGUUGUGUUCUAGUCCAGAAAGAAUCUGACACUGAUAAUGAAUAUGUCCGUGUGAUUGCGUAUGCAUCUAGAUUGUUGAGUGAUGUGGAAAGUCGUUAUUCCCAGAUAGAGAGAGAAGCUCUUGCUGUGUGCUGGGCUAUAGAACAUUUUCAUCUCUAUCUGUAUGGUGUAAAAUUUACUGUUGUUACUGAUCAUAAACCCUUAGUGAGUGUGUUUUCUAGUGUGAUUGCUAAAUCUUCUGCCAGAAUUGAGCGUUGGUGUUUGCGUUUACAACAGUACAUCUUUAAUAUUGUACAUGGUCCAGGGAAAACUAACCCUGCUGACUACAUGUCAAGGCAUCCCAUUGAAAUGCAAAAUAAACAUUCUGAUAAAGGCACAGAAGAACAUGUGAAUUAUGUAUGUGAGAAUACCUGUCCCAAAGCUAUCAAACUGUGUGAAAUAAAAAGUGCUUCUGAAAAUGAUAGUGUGAUUCAGAAUGUAAUAAAAUGUUUGCAAAAUAACUUAUGGUAUAAGUAUAAAGAUUGUGAAGAAAUGUCUAUUUUUGCCAAAAUUGCCAGUGAACUUUGUGUGACUGUGCAAAGUAUUUUAUUACGAGGUUAUCGAAUUGUUAUUCCAGUAUGUUUGAGGCGUAAAGUUGUUGACAUUGCUCAUGAGGGACAUAUGGGUAUGAGUGAAACAAAAUCUUUGUUAAGAGAAAAGAUAUGGUUUCCUUGUAUGGAUGCUAUGGUAGAAAAUGUGGUGAAAAGCUGUGCUGCUUGUGCUUCUGUUGUGAAAGAUGAGAGAAUGCUCUCUUUAAGCAUGAGUUUUCCUGAAGUUGUGAAAACUGAUAAUGGUCCUCCUUGGCAAAGUUAUCAAGUCAGACAUUUUAUGGAACUGUGUGGCAUACGUCAUAGAAAGAUAACUCCCUUGUGGCCUAGAGCUAAUGCCCAGUCCGAAAAUUUUAUGAAACCUUUGGGUAAGGCUAUCAAGACUGCUACGGUUGAAGGCAAGUCUUGGAAGCAGGAAAUGUAUAAACUUUUGAGAAAUUAUAGAGCAAGCCCCCAUGUUACAACAGGUAGACCACCUGCUGAAUUAUUGUAUGGUACUAAUAUUAAAGUCCUAUUGCCUGAAAUUAUUGUUCCUACUGUUGAUAAUGAUUUACGUGAUCGUGAUUGUUUUUAUAAGGCUAAACAGAAAAUGUAUGCUGACACAAGAAAUUGUUUAAAGCCGACUGAACAAAUUCAUGUUGGUGAUUCUGUGAUCAUGAGAAAACUAGAAACACGAUUUACAAAUAUCACUGGUGCUUUUUUACAUGAUAAUGAUAUUUCUGACGAUACUGCUAAUUUGAAUGUUGAUAAUGAAACAGCAGAUCCUAUUGCUGAAAGUCCAUCACCUUCUGUUCCUCCUGUUCCAAGUGUUAGAGAUCGUCCUAGAAGAUGUCCAAAAGUGCCAAGUAGAUUUAAAGAUUUUCAUAUGGGACGAAUUACAGUAUUGACUGCUUAA